GCUGCCCGCCGGGGCGCUGAACCGCGCGGCGGGGCCGGGAGCCAGGGAUCCGCCGGGAGCGGCGGCCCGGGACGGCUGCCGGAGGCGGCCGCGCGUGGAUGCGGCGGGAGCCCGAAGCCCCGAGCAGCGGGCACCGACUCUGCCCCCGGGCGCCCUAUGGCUUGAAGAGCCGUGCUGCCCAGUGGCUCCGCUACCCCGAUGGAUCCACUGAAUCUGUCCUGGUACGAUGAUGAUCUGGAAAGGCAGAACUGGAGUCGACCCUUCAAUGGGUCGGAAGGAAAGGCGGACAGGCCCCACUACAACUACUACGCCAUGCUGCUCACCCUCCUCAUCUUCGUCAUUGUCUUCGGCAACGUGCUGGUGUGCAUGGCUGUGUCCCGUGAGAAGGCGCUUCAGACUACCACCAACUACCUGAUCGUCAGCCUGGCGGUGGCCGACCUGCUUGUCGCCAUGCUGGUCAUGCCCUGGGUUGUCUACUUGGAGGUUGUGGGCGAGUGGAAAUUCAGCAGGAUCCACUGUGACAUCUUCGUCACUCUGGAUGUCAUGAUGUGCACAGCAAGCAUCCUGAACCUAUGUGCCAUCAGCAUCGACAGGUACACAGCGGUAGCCAUGCCCAUGCUGUACAACACACGCUACAGCUCCAAGCGCCGGGUCACCGUCAUGAUUGCCAUCGUCUGGGUCCUGUCCUUCACCAUCUCCUGCCCAAUGCUCUUUGGACUCAAUAAUACAGACCAGAAUGAGUGCAUCAUCGCCAACCCUGCCUUCGUGGUCUACUCCUCCAUCGUGUCCUUCUACGUGCCCUUCAUUGUCACCCUGCUGGUCUACAUCAAGAUCUACAUCGUGCUCCGCAAACGCCGCAAGCGGGUCAACACCAAGCGCAGUAGCCGCAGUAGCCGAGCCUUCCGGGCCAACCUGAGGGCCCCGCUCAAGGCCAACUGUACUCACCCUGAGGACAUGAAACUCUGCACCGUUAUCAUGAAGUCUAAUGGGAGUUUCCCAGUGAACAGGCGGAGAAUGGAGGCCGCCCGCCGAGCCCAGGAGCUGGAGAUGGAGAUUGUCUCCAGCACCAGCCCCCCUGAGAGGACCCGAUACAGCCCUAUCCCGCCCAGCCACCACCAGCUGACCCUCCCCGCCCAGUCCCACCACGGCUUCCACAGCACUCCUGACAGCCCUGCCAAGCCAGAGAAGAACGGGCACGCCAAAGACCACCCCAAGAUUGCCAAGAUCUUUGAGAUCCAGUCCAUGCCCAAUGGCAAAACCCGGACCUCGCUCAAGACCAUGAGCCGUAGGAAGCUUUCCCAGCAGAAGGAGAAGAAAGCCACUCAGAUGCUCGCCAUUGUUCUCGGCGUAUUCAUCAUCUGCUGGCUGCCCUUCUUCAUCACGCACAUCCUCAACAUACACUGUGACUGCAACAUCCCGCCAGUCCUGUACAGCGCCUUCACGUGGCUGGGCUACGUCAACAGCGCCGUGAACCCCAUCAUCUACACGACCUUCAACAUCGAGUUCCGCAAGGCCUUCAUGAAGAUUCUACACUGCUGACUCUGCCGCCCGCCUGCGCAGCAGCUGCUUCCCACCUCCGGGCCCGGGUUAUCCGGGCCUCGACCCUAGAUCCACGGGCAGAAAGGCCCGAGGGACUGGGCCUGCUCUUCACCCCGCAGGCGCUGCAGUGUUCACGUGGCUCUGCGCCCCUCUGCCCACACCCCCUCACUCUGCCGGGGCAGGGCAGAGCUGGGCCCGGUACCUAUGGCUCAGAGCAGCUCCCAGAGUCUCCCUCUGUCCUCCAGGCCAUCUCUCCUCGGCACCAAAGAUGCAGCCGCCCUCCUUGACCUUCCUCUGGGCACUAGGGGGUCUCUAGGGUGACUGAGGCCGGAGUCAAGGCAAGCAUACUUUAUUGGGUUCCCCCCCUUUUCAUGGGCCUGUGCUGGGGUGGGAGGGACAGUUCUCACCCUGCAAAGCUCACAUGCAGAAGGCCCUGGAAACUUCAGCCCUGGGAGAGCCACGUAAAUACCAGAUAGCACGUGGACCCCAGAGGAAGCCAAGCCAAAAAUCUUAGCUCCCUCCCCAGCCCCGAAGUGCGUCUCCUCUUCCACAGCUCUGGUCCUGGCUCACCGCACUCUGUUACAGCUCCCCAUACAGUUUCUAUGCCCUUGCCCUCGGAGGAAGGAACCCUAAUCUCCAAGGGCCCAGAAGGGUCUGAGGGGAGAGACACGCCAGCCCCCACCCCCCUCAGCCACCUCCCUUCUGCUAGCCUGUGCUGGUCAGCGUGGGAAGAUAAGUAUUGGACCCACAUUUGGGCCUAAGUCGGGGGAACUUUAAGGUUCUUUGAGAAUCCACACCUCCUGCCACCCUCGGACAUAAAGUCUCCCUUUCUCUUCCCUUUGGCUUCUUCUCUCCCCUUUCCCCUUCCAAUGCCUCUGUGUUAGAGGAGCCCCGGCCAGGAGGCUGCUGAGUGCCCUUUGGCGGCCUGGUCCUGCUCUGAGGGAGGAGGGGAAGCUGUAGCUUGGAGGGGCCCCGAGGCCCCAGACUCUGUAACAUCACCAUACAUGCACCGAAAUAAUAAAACUUUGACAAUAACUCUCAA